AGGAGAAUCUGCUGUCAUGCAAGAUGCUGCUGCAUUGCAAGCGGGAUGAGUUACGCAAGUUGUGGAUUGAAGGGAUCGAGCACAAACAUGUCCUGAAUUUGCUGGAUGAGAUAGAGAACAUCAAGCAGGUGCCCCAGAAGUUGGAACAGUGCAUGGCCAGCAAGCACUACCUCAAUGCAACAGAUAUGCUGGUGUCAGCAGUGGACUCCUUGGAGGGUCCCCUCCUUCAGGUGGAGGGACUAAGUGAUCUGAGACUGGAGCUCCACAGUAAGAAAAUGAACAUGCAUUUGGUCCUGAUAGAUGAGUUACACCGUCAUCUUUACAUCAAAUCAACUAACCGAGUGGGACAACGCAACAGGGAGAAAGGGAGAAUAAGUUCACUUGUGAAAGAUGCCGCUCCUGUACCUCUUAUGGAUGUUACUAACUUGUCUACACCUCGAAAGUUCCUUGAUACUUCCCAGUUCGGUACUCCUGGAAGUUCCAGCAUGCGAGAAACGAGCCUUCUGGAAAUUAAGGAAGAUACGGAACUGGAUCCAGAGGAGAACAGCACUGUCUUCAUGGGCAUACUCAUCAAAGGGCUGGCCAAACUGAAAAAAAUCCCCGAAACCGUGAAAGCCAUCCAGGAUCGCCUAGAACAAGAACUCAAGCAGAUUGUUAAGCGGUCCACAACUCAGGUGGCAGACAACGGUUACCAGAGAGGGGAGAAUCUUUCGCAGGAAAAUCAGCCUAGGUUACUUCUGGAAUUGCUAGAGCUUCUCUUUGACAAAUUCAACGCUGUGGCUGCUGCUCACUCCAUAGUCCUUGGGCACCUUCAGCAGACAGUUGCCUCUCCUUCCAGCCAGUAUGACGGUGAUAUCAAGCUCUACGACAUGGUUGAUGUGUGGGUGAAGAUCCAAGACGUCUUGCAGAUGCUGCUGACAGAGUACCUGGAUAUGAAGAACACGCGCACCGCCUCGGAGCCGUCGACCCAGCUGAGCUACGCCAGCUCCGGGAGAGAAUUUGCAGCCUUCUUUGCAAAGAAGAAACCGCAAAGGCCUAAAAACCCUUUGUUCAAGUUUGAGUCCUCCUCCCAUGCUAUUAGCAUGAGUGCCUAUUUGCGGGAGCAGAGAAGGGAGCUCUACAGCAGAAGCGGAGAACUUCAAGGAGGACCAGAUGAUAACUUAAUUGAAGGCGGCGGAUCCAAGUUUGUCUGCAAACCAGGAGCCAGAAACAUAACGAUCAUCUUCCAUCCGCUGCUCAGAUUUAUCCAAGAGAUAGAGCACGCCAUGGAGCUUGGCCCAAGCAAACAGUGUCCACUCCGCGAGUUCCUCACCAUGUACAUCAAGAACAUUUUCCUCAAUCAGGUCCUAGCUGAGAUCAAUAAAGAGAUAGAAGGAGUCACGAAGGCAUCUGAUCCGCUGAAAAUAUUGGCUAAUGCAGAUACCAUGAAGAUCCUAGGUGUGCAGCGGCCUCUUUUGCAGAGUACGGUAAUUGUGGAGAAGACUGUUCAAGACCUUAUGAACCUGAUGCAUGACUUGAGCGCCUAUUCAGAUCAGUUCCUCAACAUGGUGUGCGUGAAACUCCAGGAGUACAAGGACACCUGCACUGUUGCCUACAGGAGCAUCGUGCAGUCAGACGAAAAGCUGGUUAUCAGCGCAUCUUGGGCUAAGGAUGAUGAUAUUAGCAGGCUCCUGAAAUCUCUGCCCAACUGGAGCAACAUGGCUCAGCCCAAGCAAUUGAGACCCAAGAGAGAGGAAGAGGAAGACUUUAUAAGGGCUGCUUUCGGCAAAGAGUCAGAAGUUCUCAUCGGAAACCUGGGAGAUAAGCUGAUCCCCCAGCAGGAGAUCCUGCGCGACGUCAGCGACCUGAAGGCCUUGGCCAACAUGCACGAGAGCCUGGAGUGGUUGGCUGGUCGCACGAAGGCGGCCUUCUCCAGUCUUUCAGCCACCCAGACCCUGUCUCCUGGCCAGGAUGGCCAUGCCAGUAUGGAGCACCUUCCUGCGUCCGAACAGAUCAUGCAAAGCCUUAGCGAGCUGGCCAAGUCUUUUCAAGAGAUGGCUGACCGCUGCCUGCUGGUUCUGCAUUUGGAAGUCAGGGUUCAUUGCUUCCACUAUCUGAUCCCGCUGACUAAACAAGGGAACUAUGCCAUCAUUGCUAAUGUGGAGAGUAUGGAUUAUGACCCCCUCGUGGUCCGGCUCAAUAAGGACAUCAGUGCUAUCGAGGAAGCCAUGAGCGCCAGCCUCCAGCAGCACAAGUUCCAGUACAUCUUUGAAGGCUUGGGCCACCUUAUUUCCUGCAUUCUUAUCAAUGGUGCCCACUAUUUCAAGCGCAUCAGUGAAUCCGGCAUCAAGAAAAUGUGUAGAAACAUCUUCAUCCUCCAGCAGAACCUGACGAACAUCACCAUGUCCCGUGAGGCUGACCUGGACUUUGCAAGGCAGUAUUAUGAGAUGCUCUACAACACAGCCGACGAGCUCUUAAACCUCGUGGUGGAUCAAGGGGUGAAGUACACAGAGCUGGAAUACAUCUAUGCCCUGAACUUACUGCACCGGAGCCAGACUGGUGUCGGAGACCAAACCACCCAGAACAUGAGGCUGCAGCGGCUGAAAGAGAUCAUUUGUGAGCAAGCUGCUAUCAAACAGGCCACCAAGGACAAGAAAAUCACCACUGUGUAAUCUGCUCCAUCGCUUGUCUUUACCAAGCAGCAGGAGCCGUCAGGCUGCAGGUCCUAGGCUCAGCAUUUCUGUUAUAGUUAAUGGCAAAAGCACGUAUCUUCUCGGUGGCAUACUAGCGGGAAGGGAAGUGCCAUCUGGGAUUUGAUUUCGGGGUUGUUUUGGGGGUUUCAAUGUGUAAUCAUGCAAUGCUUCCUUGACAUGUUCUCCCAAGAGUGAUGGCAUUGCAGGAGGAACCGUCAUCCUGGUGGCGAUGGGGUGGGGUGCUUGGCUUUGCUCUGCUGCUGCUGUUUUGCCUUGAGAUUUGAGGCGAGCUGCUGUCUCUGGCGGGCCGGGUAAAGAGAAGAAUUCGUACUGGGUUAGUCCAAGGUCUUCAGCGGAAGUUCAAACCACACUAAAGUAAAAGGCACCGUGAUUCUCAAGUGCAGAUCCAUUGGUACCUUGAUGGUUUUGAGGCUGUUUCAAUGGUGGUGUUGCAUGGGAAGCCUGUUUCAGCUCUGCCAGUACUAUUCUCGGUGACAGUUGUAGGUGCAUUUAUUUUUCUGCUGUUUCCACUGUAAAGAGAUCUAGUUGUUCAGUCCUUUGGAUAGUGAUAAACCAGUUCACAUAGUAGCAGGUAACAUGGGACCAUUUGUUGCCACUUCUGUUUUUUUCACUAUGACAGAGCUGUAUGGCAUCAGUUCUCUAGCUCAUACUGUGCUGGAUGAUGGUAGAUGUAAAAAUUGCAAAUACAAUAGCAGAACUUAAUUCUGUUUUUCUGAAUAUAUCUUUUGAGCCUUCCCCAGCUCAAAAGAUACUAAUCCUAAUUGUCAUUAGAUGUACUGGAAGAAUACAUGGGCUAAUGUAGCUCAGCACUAAUGAUCAAGGAGGGCAGUAGGAGAGCAGAUCCCAGCUCUGCAGUGUGAGGCAAGCUCAUCACCGCUGCUUCAGUCCUCAUUUCGGCCCUGCCUUGACUGUUCACUGAGGCUGAUGAGUUUAUGCCAACCCUCAAAAUCAAGAAUACGCUGCACUGACUUACAUUUUUAGGGUAAACUGCUAACCCAGCUGGGUUUCAUAUCCUAAGAUAGGUUCUCUCUGAUCUGUACAACUGCUUGUGCAUCAAUCUUGAAACUGCAGAAUUAAAGAAUGCUUGAAGACUC